GAGGACUAUCAGGAGAGCUGAGAAUGAGAUGGACUUACCGUGAAGGACACAAAGCUCUGGGUGAUGAUGAGCUGCAGAUGAACACAGUGUUUGCCUCAGAGGAUGGACGUGAGCGUGGACUGGAACUCUGAGAAUAACAUUUGCGACACAGGUGGGAAGCAUUCAAAUUAUCCCAGAAAGGCCACGAAGCAGGUGGGCCACACCUGUAGCCUGCAGAAGGAGGUGGACAUGAAUUACUUGUGCAGUCCUACUGGAAGCUCUGCUGGACCCGCAGGAAAGCAGGAGCUUACUGCAGAGCUGCAGUGUGGAGACAAAGAAACCUGUGACACUUACAGCCAGAAACAAGGUGAGAGUCCAGCUGGGGAGUUUGCCCCCUCCAGCACCAACUUCCACCUGCAGAGUGAAGAUAAGGAUUUAGAUCGCUGUUCCUCUGAACGCCCCAGAAAACCAUGGAUGAUAGCGAAACUUUGUGAGGACAACAAAAGCACUGCUCUUGGGGAUGUGUUUGGUGAGGACCUGGAGCCUGUCCCCGAGGAAGCUCUGCCCUAUCGAUGCAAGAAGUGUGGCUCCUCUUUCCACAGUGUGAGCGAGCUGCAGGAGCACAGGCGAGCUCACCUGCUGGAAAACUCCUACCACUGUCCCAUCUGUGCCAAAGCGUUCUCCCGCGCAGCCAACCUGCGCAUGCACAAGCUCAUCCAUUCCAGCGAGAGGCCGCACAAGUGCCCGGAGUGUGACAAGGGCUUCAUCCGCACAGCUGACGUCUGGAGGCACCUGCGCAAUGUGCACAAGAUCGAGCGCUCCAUGGUGAUCCUGGGGAAUGGCGUGGCCAGGAACCCCUGGUCAGUGGUGCAUCGUGGCCAGCACAACGCUGAGUACCCAGAUCAGCCUUGUCCUGAAAACCCAAAGUCUCAGGAAGACAACUUCAAACCUUACACCUGCCCAACAUGCGGCAAAGGUUUUGAUAAGCCCAACCUGCUGUCCAAGCACAAGGUGAUCCACCGGGAGGACAAGCCCUACAAGUGUCAGGAGUGUGGCAUGGCAUUUGUGCAGCUGCUCAGGCUCAAGAGACACCAGCAGACUCACUCUGGGGCACGGCCCUUCUAUUGUGAGGAGUGUGGGGGAACCUUCACCCGGCUGGCAUCGCUCCAGCGCCAUCACCGCAUCCACACCGGAGAGAAGCCCUACUCCUGUAAUUUCUGUGGGCAUUCCUUCACCGAGUCAGGGACCCUACGGAGGCAUGAGCGCACACACAAGUUGGACAAACCUUAAUUUGUGGUCUCUGUGGUUGCUUUGUACCUGAACAAGGUCUGCUCAGUUGAGCUGGAAAAGCACCCCAUGGAUUGGCGAUGCAUCAGCUCAAGCUUUGUGCAGGGAUGUGCAAUCACAGGCCAUGAGAAUUCACUGGAUGAAUUGGCCCUGCCCUCUUGCGUGUGAUGGCUCUUUGACACUGAGUUUGGAGAUCUGUUAAUUUGCUAAGUUAGAACAGUCCAGAGUUGUCCCUCUAUCCCUUCUUUCCUUGUAUUUUGCUGAGUUCUUCUUUCUGUUACAUUUCUUUUUAUUUGAAGGGGAGUGUCAUGUUGGUUUUUAAAAAAAACCAAACCAAAUCCCACUUACAAACCAGUUCCUUAAUAAACACAACAGUUACCAGCUGUA